AUCCUUCCAGAGAAAUGUGAACACGUCUGUGGAUCACUCUCACUGUACGGCACGAGUGCUUUCUAAUGCUGACUGGCUGUGUGGGCUCGUCAGUAUUAAUCCAGUGAAGAAUCUGAAUCUGAGAACACUGAUUUCAGAAUCAGGGGUGUGUAUUUUGGUGGUGGUUGUUGUGGACUGUAGUCUGAGUUUGAGUAAGUGGUGAAAAAUGCCGGGAAUGUCUGAACUGGUAUGACACUUUAGAGCAGCUUAAACUUAUUUUCUAAGAAUAAAUUCUCAGAGUUGAGUUGUCUUAUAACAGACUUGGAUGCACUGAAGGCCUUUUUGUUCCACAUGUUUAACCUGAAAACGACCUGGAAAAUAAUAAUAUAAAAUAUAAAAUUUUAUUUAUAUAGCACCUUUCUAGACAGAGUCACAAAGUGCUCCACAUAAGAUAAAAAGUCAUAAAAAAGUAAAACAGACAAUAUAAAACAGGCAAAAAUUAACCAAAAGCCCUUUUAAAAAGGUGAGUUUUGAGUUGUUUUUUAAAAACAGCUACUGAGUCCAGAGUUCUUAAGGUUUGGGGAGAGAGUUCCACAGUCUAGGGGCCACAGUAAUUGACUAAUUUUGAACUGAACUGGGUAACUGGGAAGCAAGUGAGAAGAGAGGAUUACAUACUGGAAAGACUAAAGUCUGACAGCCGGGGCGCUCCGUCAUCUCAGCGUAGAGACGACAAGUCAGGGUUUCAUACAGCUCAUAAAAUCAAAGUGUAUGCCGAUCUAACAGUGUAUGUUGACUGGACAGAACAGGUCCUUCAGUACACAGGCUGAAUGACAGGCUACACUGCAGCUGCACGGCUGCAAAUCCGGGUCCUCCCUUUAGAUGAGCUUACACAAAAUACUGAACUAAUAACUACCAACUGUCUGAAUUAACCUAGAUUUACAAGUAUCUUUUAAACCUAAGUACCUACUCUUCAAGUUUCUACUUGAUGUAAUGAUUUAUUUUGAAAUGUCAGUUGUCAUCUCUGGCUGUGUGCCAGGUAGACCCACACACAGCCAGAGAUGUGUGUGGGUCUACCCACAAAGAGUUGAACUGAAAGACACAGCUUUUUUUUUGCUGGAACAAAAAUACUCAACAACUAAAACAUACAAAAUGCCACAAAACUCAGGAUGUGUGACAAAUGUCUACAGUCUGAUUCUGGUUUUGUUUCUGUCAGGCUCCAGCAGCAAACAGCAGUCUCUCCUGUAACCAGCUCAAUGUCUGUGCACUCAGCUUUGGCUUUUAAUGGCCAAGCAUCAUCUGGAGAAAUGGUUACCCAGCAGAGCUCAGAGGUUCCCAGUGGUCAGUCUGUCGUUCAGCAUCAAACAGACCUGGAUGCCAUAUUCAUGUUACUGGAGAUAAAAAUGGUCAAUUUUGUAAAGACCGAGCUGAGGAAGAUCCAGAAAGUUUUGAGUGCAGAUUACCCAGAAUGCUUAGAGAGUCUGAGGGAGAAUGAUGAGAUGUUGGAGAAUGAGGACGAAGAGCAAAGGAAGAGUAGCAGAGUAGCAUUUCUGAAGAUCACACUCCACUUCCUGAGGAGAAUGAAGCAGAGGAAGCUGGCUGACCAUCUUCAGAGCAGGACCCGUGCUCCAGGGUGCCAACAUGAACUCAAGUCUAACAUGAAAAAGAAGUUCCAGUGUGUGUUAGAGGAGAUUGCUAAAACAGGAAACCCAACCCUUCUGAAUCAGAUCUACACAGAGCUCUUCAUCACAGAUGGAGGGACUGCAGGGGUCAGUGAUGAAUAUGAGGUCAGACAAAUUGAAACAGCAUCCAGGAAACCAGACAGACCAGAAACUACAAUCAGACAAGAAGACAUCUUUAAAGCCUCAUCUGUUAAAGAUAAACCAAUCAGAACAGUGCUGACAAAGGGAGUGGCUGGCAUUGGGAAAACAGUCUUAACACAGAAGUUCACUCUGGACUGGGCUGAAGACAAAGCCAACCAGGACAUUCAGUUCAUGUUUCCAUUCACUUUCAGAGAGCUGAAUGUGCUGAAAGAGAAAAAGUUCAGCUUGGUGGAACUUGUUCAUUACUUCUUUACUGAAACCAAAGAAGCAGGAAUCUGCAGCUUUGAAGACUUCCAGGUUGUGUUCAUCUUUGAUGGUCUGGAUGAGUGUCGACUUCCUCUGGACUUCCACAAAACUACAAUUCUGACUGAUGUUACAGAGCACACCUCAGUAGAUGUGCUGCUGAUAAACCUCAUCAGGGGGAAACUCCUUCCAUCUGCCCACAUCUGGAUAACCACACGACCUGCAGCAGUCAAUCAGAUCCCUCCUGAGUAUGUUGGCAUGGUGACAGAGCUCAAUGGAUUCACUGACCCACAGAAGGAGGACUACUUCAGGAAGAGAUUCAAAGAUAAGAAGCAGGCCAACAAGAUCAUCUCCCACAUCAAGAUAUCUCGAAGCCUCCACAUCAUGUGCCACAUUCCAGUCUUCUGCUGGAUCACCGCUAUAGUUCUGGAGGAUGUGCUGAAAACCAGAGAGGGAGGACCGCUGCCCAAGACCCUGACUGAAAUGUACAUCUACUUUCUGUUGGUCCAGGCCAAAGUGAAGAAGAUCAAAUAUAAUGGAGGCACUGAGACAGAUCCAUACUGGAGUCCAGAGAGCAAGAAGAUGAUCAAGUCUCUGGGAAAACUGGCUUUUGAUCAGCUGCAGAAAGGAAAUCUGAUCUUCUAUGAAUCAGACCUGACAGAGUGUGGCAUCAAUAUCAGAGGAAACUCAGUGUACUCAGGAGUGUUCACACAGAUCUUUAAAGAGGAGAGAGGACUGUAUCAGGAGAAUGUGUUCUGCUUCAUCCAUCUGAGUGUUCAGGAGUUUUUGGCUGCUCUUCAUGUCCAUCUGACCUUCAUCAACUCUGGAGUAAAUCUACUGGAGAAACAGCAAAAAAUAUCUAAGAUGUCCAAAGUAUUUAAAGACAAACCUAAACUGAAAGAUCUCCACCAGAGUGCUGUGGAUAAGGCCUUACAGAGUCCAAAUGGUCACCUGGACUUGUUCCUCCGCUUCCUCCUGGGUCUUUCACUGCAGACCAAUCAGACCACUCUACGAGUCCUUCUGACACAGACAGGAAGUAGUUCACAGUCUAAUCAUGAAACAGUCCACUACAUCAAGAAGAAGCUCAGAAAGAAUCUGUCUGCAGAAAAAAUGAUCAAUCUGUUCCACUGUCUGAAUGAACUGAAUGAUCGUUCUCUAGUGCAGGAGAUCCAACUGCUCCUCAGUUCAGGAAGUCUCUCCACAGAUAAACUGUUUCCUACUCAGUGGUCAGCUCUGGUAUUUGUCUUGCUUUGUUCAGAAGAAGAUCUGGAUGUGUUUGACCUGAAGAAAUACUCUGCAUCAGAGGAGGCUCUUCUGGGGCUGCUGCCUGUGGUCAAAGUCGCCAAGAAAGCCCUGUUGAGUUGUUGUAACCUGUCAGAGAGAACCUGCAAAGCUCUGUCCUCGGUUCUAAGCUCAGAAACAUGUAUUCUGGAAGAACUAGACCUGAGUAACAACAACCUGCAAGAUUCAGGAGUUAAACUUCUUUCUGCUGGUCUGAUGAGUCCAAAUUGUAAACUGGAAACUCUGAGCCUGUCAGGCUGCCUAAUCACAGAGGAAGGUUGUACUUUCCUGACGUCAGCUCUGAGCUCAAAUCAUUCCCACUUGAAAGUGCUUGACCUUCGCUACAAUCAUCCAGGAAAAUUGAAAGUGAGGCAGGGACUCAAGGAUCCACACUGGAAACUCAGGCUCGACCAUGGUGGACAGCAGUGGUUAAAACCUGGUUUGAGGAAGUAUUUCUGUGAAUUAAAAGUGGACAUGACUUCAAUAAAUAAAAAACUCAAACUGUCUGACAACAACAUGAAGGUGACCGUUGUGGAGAACAAGCAGCCCUAUCCUGAUCAUCCAGACAGAUUUGACUGGUGGAAACAGCUUCUGUGCAAAAAUGGGCUGAUUGGUCGCUCUUACUGGGAAGUUGAGUGGAAAGGAGGCAGUUUUAUAUCAGUGAGUUACAAAAGCAUCAGAAGGAGAGGAAACAGUGCCGACUGCAAAUUUGCGGGAAAUGAUCAGUCCUGGAGUCUGAUGUGUUCUGACGCUUUUGGUUACUCAUUCUGGCACAACAAUAGAGAAACACCCAUCUUCUCCUCCUCCUCCUCCUCAGUCUCUCACAGAGUAGGGGUGUAUGUGGACUGUCCUGCUGGCACUCUGUCCUUCUACGGAGUCUCUUCUGACACUCUGAUCCACCUCCACACCUUCAGCACCACAUUCACUGAACCUCUGUAUCCUGGGUUUGGACUGUGGUCCAGUGACUCCUCUGUGUUUCUGAGUCCUUUGUGUACUAACAAGUCUGUAGAGCUAGACUGUUUAGAAGAGGCAGAAACUACAAGUCGGUGGUAUGAAAGCUGAAUGUGGAUGAUGUUUCUUUUUUGUUUGCUUUGAAUCACAUAUUCUGGGAUUGAUAUGUUGUGAUGUGAUUUUGCUUUGCAUGAUUAUCUCCUCACCACUUUACUUCAAACUCACUGAUUGUUAACCUCUAAUAUAAUAAUAAUGGAUUGCAUUUAUAUAGCGCUUUUUGAGACCCCUCAAAGCGCUUUACAAUACCACUAUUCAUUCACGCUCACAUUCACACACACUAAUAUCCCUAAUAUCAGCACAUAAAUAUGUGGGGACAUCUUUGCAUUUUAAACCCUUUUCUGUUGACAUGCUAUUUUAUCUCAAGAUUAACUAUUUUUAAAGACUAUGAAGUUUGUGAAUUAAUGGUUAGUUUUAUGAAUCUAAGAAAAAUUUAAAGGUUUUAGUUCAAGUAAUGUUAAAAGCUGUUUUACAAACUGCCAAAAAUUGUAAAUCAUUCAGUAAUCAUUAAUAAAUCUUAAACAUAUCAAAUGUUCCACGAGGGCAACAAUAAAGUGUUAAUGCUUUACUAAUAAUAUUAACAUGAGUAAAAGUCUAAAUGUUGUGUUUAUUUUCAUAUAUAUAUGUUGUUUGUUUAUAUUUGUCACCAGCAGUGUGGCUGAUUAUUUGACUCCAGCUGUUAUGGUUAAUUACUUUUUCAUGAUAAUGAAUAAAUAAACCAAAGCUGACAUGCUAACUUGCUUUGUUUUGCUUUGUAGUUGCUGUUUUAACUGUAUUAACAAUGACCGUGUUACUUAUUAAGCUCUCUCUUCUUUUUUUUUUACUACUUUCUUUUUAUUGUUUUUCUUUAAAC